GUUCUUGCCAUCCGAUCGCCGGCUGUAGCCAGUGAAAUCUUUAUUUUUUGGUAGGGUAACAAGAAAGUAAACCUGUCAGAAAGACGAUAGACAACAAAGACCAUUGACCUUGGUUAGAUCACAGAAUGCUUGCUACCAAUUCAAGACUAGCAUUGAAACUUGUGCAUAGAAACUCAGUCAGAUGUGUACAGUGUGCAAUUCAGCAAAACUUUAGUACCACACAAAGCUUGAGUGAGCUGCGGAAACUAUCCUCUGUGAAAAUUGUGGACAACAGUGUGAUAGGGAAAAAGGCAUUAGAGAGAGGGAGCAAAGUGAAAAUUCUUCAGGUUUACACUAAGAAUGAGGUAGCCCGAGCUGGAGACAAGGUUUUAGUGUCCAUCGAGAAAGAGAGGAAAAAGGCUUACAUUGUGGGAUGUGUUCAGAAACCUAAAGUGAUGCAGCCAAGAUUUGACAGUAACAAUGCAGUGUUGAUUGAUGACACAGGCGCACCCAUAGGGACUAGGAUCCGUGUACCUUUGCCUUCACAUCUGAGGGGUCGAAGCGGAGACUUCACCAAGAUUUUAUCAAUUGCAUCCAAAUUUGUUUGAUACUGAAUGCACUUUUUUUAGAAUAAAAAAAAUGUAUUUAUGA